AUGCCCUCGCUACGGCCAAGCUGGGUCAUCCAGCAGGUCGUACCUCCAGCAAUCCUCACAUACUUUGCCUGGGCAUGGCGACGCUGCACAUGGACAAUCGGUCGCGACUACCUCUUCCUCGGCCUCAACCACCGUUGGCUUGGAGCAUUCUACAUGGCCGCGACAAACAUCCUCAUCCCGAGCGUCGCGACCAUCUUCCUCCGGCUCUACUUUCUGCCCUCGACACAGUCUGUGCCUCCGUGCCGCCCGCCUGUCGACAUUGCGUCGCUCAAGUGCGUCUUUGAGUGCUCUCCCCCACCACAGGCUCUGGACGAUGGUUAUUCCCUCGUUGUGCGCGGCUCGACCCCUGCACCGGGAACCGCCGACUCGCUCUUGUCCCACUGCCAUCGCGGGAGGUGUGGCGGACGGUGGAAACCAGCUCGCGCACGACACUGCUCCGAGUGUGGUGUGUGUCGUGCCGGGUUUGACCACCACUGUGCCUUUUUUGCAAACUGCUUGACUGCACCGCACCUCCCGGCCUUCCUGGCCCUCUGCUUCCUCACACCGCUGGCCGUCUUCGUCCUCGCCACGCCGGUAUACUGGCCGCUCUUCUUCCGCGCGAUCGCCGCAUGGAAAGAAUCCCAGGUAGACCCGCGGGCUGUGGCGUGGUGGUCGUGGGGUCCUAGCUGGAUAGUUGCCGGCGGGCCCGUCGGACGCUGGGUCGCGGGGCUGGCACUUGGCUGGCGCGCACUGGACGCCGUCGACGGCGGGCUGGUCGCUGGAUCCCAGCGCCUCGAGAUCGGGUGUUUGUGUGUUGUCGGCAACGUUCUCGCUGCAAUCACAUUAGCGCUCGGCUGGUCGACGUACACGCACAUCCGCGACGGCGAGCUGACUGUCGACAAGGAACGCACGCGCGCGCUCCUCCGCACGCGGGAUAGCAUCGCCAAGCUCGUCGCGGCUGCACAGCCUGUCCCGCCCGCGCUCACGGCUGAUCUGGAGCGCUUCGGCCCGCGACACUGGUUCUUCGUGCCCACCCCUGACUCUGCGACUUGGGCCGGCGUCAUCCUCCCAACUCUCCCGCUCGAGCGACCAUACAACCUUGGACCGGAAGGUAACCUCGACCAGGCCGUGUCCAGAGGCCGCGGGCUGCGCUGGCUGCUCCCUUGGGUCGCGGUGCGGGCCGGGAUGGCGCAGGAUGAGGUACUCUGCUGGCCGCUGGACCCGGAUGUGGCCGCGCGUCUGGCGCAGGAUGCCGACGAACGUGUCCAUGCCCAGACCUAG